UCUAUGACUAGAUACAACGACUUUUAGUUUGUGCCAACAGCGACGCUAAACUCGCGGAUAAAGUGUCGGCUUAUUCCAUGUUUGUGGACAGCGCGAAAAUGGAAAUUUGCACACGGUGCAAUCAAACUGGAUUUCCUUGGAUCACUAGAAGACCAACAUGAGUGUUGAGACCCUGAGCCUGAGAUCCUUACUCUUUUUGGGAAUCUGUCUCAGCAUCAGGAGGAGUUUGGCCUCUUCUCCUGAGCUCCUAGAGCCACCUACCAACAUAGCCGUGGUGGGAGCCGGCAUCGGUGGCGCGGCCGCAGCGUUCUACCUGAGGCAGGAGUUCGGAGCCACGGUCAAGAUCGACGUGUUUGAACCUGGCGAUGUCGGUGGGCGACUGGCGACGGCUGAGAUGGCUAAGCAGGAAUAUGAAACGGGAGGCGUGGUCAUCCAUCCCCUCAACCUUCACAUGAAGCACUUUGUUGACAAACUAGGCAUCUCCAUGCGCCAGGACGUCCCGUCAAAAAAGGCAGUGUUUGACGGCAAUGAGCUCACUUUCGAAGAGAGCGACUGGUUCAUCGUAAACUUCUUGCGCAUGCUGUGGCGCUACGGGCUCAACUAUCUGUUCAUGCAGAUGUGGGUGGAGAGUGUUAUGGAUAAAUUCAUGAGGAUCUACCAAUACCAGCAGUACGGUUACUCCUUCACCAGUGUUGAACGACUUCUACACGCCAUGGGUGGGGACGAUUUCCUUAGCCUGAUGAACCGCACACUGGAGGAAACCAUGAGAGCCGAAGGAUUCCCUCAAAUCUUUCUCAACCACGUGGCGGCGCCCCUCACACGAGUCACUUAUGGCCAAAGUGUCCGCAUCAACAGCCUGGCAGGUGCCCUUUCGCUUGCGGCAGCCGACUCGGGCCAUUGGGCGGUGGAUGGCGGUAAUAAGAGAGUUUGCUCCGGGCUUCUUUAUCACAGCAAGAGUGAACUCAUUCAAGCCAGAGUGACCAACGUUGCCUUUAAAGUUCGACCAUCUAAGACAGGGCCUUCCACCAGCUUCUAUGAGGUCAACUAUAUAGGAGACACAGGCGCAGGGCAUUCAAUGUAUGACAUCGUUGUCAUAGCGACCCCACUUCACCAAGGCAAGUCUGACAUCUCCUUCUCAGGUCUAUCUCCCCCGACGGCGUCGCAGUUCCCCGGCAUUUACCACCAGGUGUUCUCCGUUCUGGUCCACGGAGUGCUCAACACCUCCUACCUCGGAGUCACGAGGCCCUCUUCGGAGUUCACGGUCUCUGAGGUACUCACCGUGGACUCCGAAGACAACGUCAUGUACAGUUUGACUUCCCUCGACCCGGUCCACAUCCCGUCCGGAUACAGCCGACCUCCGGCUAGCAGCGCCAAAGUGUGGAAGGUGUUUUCUCCUCGAGCGCUGAGCCAGGACGACCUCGCCCGCAUGUUCCUCUCGUGGGAUUCUGUAUCGCAGACCCCGUGGUUGGCAUACCCGACUUAUCGGCCUCCGCGACGCCAGAUCCCGCCUUUUAUCCUACACAAGCGACUCUACUACCUGAGCGCCGUGGAGUGGGCGGCCAGCUCCAUGGAGAUGAGCGCCAUCUCGGCCAGGAACGCCGCACUGCUGGCUCACCACCGCUGGCACGAGCAGACUGGGAGGAUCGACCAGGAGGACCUGCACACGCGCUUGCGGGGAGAGCUCUGAAGCGCACGGGGCAGCCUGCCCUAAAAGAUCAGGUAUUCGGGGUAUCAGGGUGAUCGCAGCUGCGGGUCUGACUCUAUUUUCGUCAGAAAAUUAUUUUCCAAAAAUGUUUUUUUGUAAGCGCUACUUAGUCAGCUUAGAAAAAUUUGGGCUCCAUUCUUUCUACACAGGUUUUCAUGGGUCCUGUAAAAAAAAAAAAUCAUAAAAUUGGCUCACUGAAAUCAUCAGUCCCAUUUUUUUCAACAUGCGCAAAUAAGAUUUCAGUGCAGAAUUUGUUUUUUCUGUGUAAAAUUAUAUUCGUGCUGUCAUUUCCAUUUUUUUCAUAUGUUCAAACAUUCGUUUAAGUUCUCAAUGUGCACAGGGAUAGCGGUCUGCUAGCAUGCUAGCAAGUGGGAUGUCAGUGCCAAAUUUGUUUUCUAUAUGUAAAAUUACAUUCAUGCAGUCAUUUUCAUUUUUUUCACAUGGCCUCACAUUCUUAGCACAUUUGAGUUCUCAAUUUUCACAGGGAUAGCAGUCUACUAGCAUGCUAGCAAGUGAGAUUUAAGUUACAGCUUACCCGACUUACGUGAUUUCGACUUUACGACCCCGGCGCUCAUCUGCUAUUUUAUCUCCAGUCUUCUUUUUUGUUUUUGUCGUGUAACUGUGUCUCACCUGCCAUUUUACAGUUAUUUUUUACUUUGUUUUAUUAAUAUAAUGUUAAAUACAUGUUUUUGGAUAGUUAUUUUGAGAUAUAGGGGGUAUUUAGGGGUAGUUGAAGAGUUAAUUCCGAUUUAAAAGGAAAUUUGGCUUACGGCGCCAGUGUAGGAACGGAACUCGUUCGUAACCUAGGGACUACAUGUAUUGCAUUUGUGCGGUCAUUUUCAUUUCUUUCACAUGGUCACAAAUUCUUAGCACGUUCUCAGUGUGCACAGGGAUAGCAGCCUGCUAGCAUGCUAGCAAGCGUGAUUUGAGUGCCAAAUUUGUUUUCUCUAUGUAAAAGUACAUUCGUGCAGUCAUUUUCAUUUCCUUCACAUAGUCACAUUUUCUUAGCCCGUUUCAGUUCUCAGUGUGCGCAGGAUUAGCAGUCUGUUAGCAUGCUAGCAAGUGAGAUUUAAUUGCCAAAUUUGUUUUCUAGAUGUAAAAUUACAUUCGUGCAGUCAUUUUUGUUUUUUCCACUGGGGCACAAAUCCUUACGCCGUUUAAAUUCUCACUUUGCACAGGAUUAGAAGUCUGCAAGCAUGCUAGCAAGCGAGAUUUGCGUGCCAAAUUUUCUAUAUAAAAUGACAUUUGUGCAGUCAUUUUUAUGUUUUCGACAUGACAUUUUUUAGGACCUUUAACCUCUUAACAUGCACAUGGAUUUCUUAAAAACGCUAAGCAGUGCUGAUGUUUGCACUAUACAUUCCAGUCAUAUUACACUGGGGAACAAUUAAAAAAAAUGUUGAGGUACAUUUUUAUGUUGAUUAAAACUAAAAGUUACGCUGAUUUCAAAAUUGGUGUCAGUUUCUUUCAUGUUUCAUUGUAUGUAUGUUUUGAUUUUUUUUCUAAAUUAGAUGUUUUUUUUUUUUUUUUAAGAAAAAGGGGAUCCUAUAGUUCAUUAACGUGACGUGAUAGAGGAAAAACUGAGAUCACUUUUGAACUCCACACCUAAAUAUUGGUUUUAAAACAGUUGUCAGACCUAAAUCUUUUUUUUUAAUUGAUAUUGUCACUGUUGUGCCAGGAUAGAGAUGUCAAUACGACAAAAAGUAUGCACACACGUACAUACUCAAAUUUUAGCAUUAGCUAAUAAGCUUUUAAUCUGUUUUUGGCACCGAUUGACCACGGAAAACCAGAGAUAUGAUCGUUUUAGUUUCAUAAUAGGAAAUAUGUUUUCUCCACUAGAGGGCACUUACACUCUUUGGUCCAAUAAUGAAUUUGUUUUGUUUUGUAUUUCUUUGUCUUAAUGUGGUUAUAAUACAGUAUAGUAAUAACAGUUCAUAAAGAUAACUGUGCUGAAAAAAUACCAUUCUCUAAACAACAACAAAAAAUGAAACAUCUUAAACAGUUACUCACAAUGUUACUCAUUACUUGAGUAUUCUUUUCAACAAAUACUUUUUUACUUGUACUUAAGUACAUUUUUUGGAUGACUACUUUUACUUGAGUAAUAUUAUUUUGAAGUAACGCUACUCUUACUCGAGUAAAAUUUUUGGCUACUCUACCACCUCUGCUUACAUUCUAGUGAUGUUUUUUUUUGGUGCGACUUAUAGUCCAGAAAUGAAGGUAAUUUCCCACAUUUACCAUCAAAUAUUCUUGCUGGUAACUGUUUCAGGAACAAAAUCAGAAAAAUAGAAUCUUAACUGUCCCAUUUUUGAGUGGGCAGGCACUCUACAAUCCCAACUAUUUGUAUGUAAGUCAUUGCAAAUUAACUUGAACCAAUUCAGAAAUGCCAUCAAACGCGUUUUUGUCAGGUCACGAUCUUCUUCUCUUUUGAAAUCAGCCGCAUAACACUAAAAGUCACGCUGGAGUAUACCUGGAAGCGGUUUACACUUUUCUCGGUAGCUGGUAGGCGUAACCACAUAAUGAAUGCAAUGGAUCACUAGAGGCCACGCACCGGAAGCCAUGUGGCACAGCAGGAUUUGUCAAGAAACUAUUCUUUGAUGUAUUGCCAAAAUUGUGUGCCUACUUUGUGACUCUCAGUUAGGUACGCCCACACAAACUAUGUAAUUCAGUUAGAAUAAUUCAUUCCAAUGCAUGUAUGAGUUAUAUUUUGCCUUUAAAAUGAUGUAUCAAAUCUGUAUUAGUGAGGGUUUUUUUUUGUUUUUUUGUCUAUGUCAAGUAGAACAAUUGCCAUUACUGUGAGCGCUUUCAAAUAUUUUUCCUCUGGAUUAGAAUGCAAAUGUGAGAUAAUUACCCUUAUUUUUCUUACUUGGCCUUAAUUUUGUAUAAUUCUAUACUUGUAUGUAAAUGUGCUUUGCUGUUUCUUAUUGAUAACUUCUCCCUCAGUCCUACCUCCUGAACUGACUACUAUGGAUUUUUUUUGGGGGGGUGGGGGGGGGGUUUGAAAGAGUACAAUCUAUCACAAAAGUGAGUACACCCCUCGUGUUUCUGCAGAUAUUUAAGUCAGUACUUCUCAAAUAGUGGGGCGGGCCCCCCCUGGGGGGCGCAGAGCGAUGCUGGAGGUGGCGCAAGUGACCUUGGGGAACGUACUUUUUUGCUGUACUAGAAUUAAGUGUAAUUGUACAUCCACUCAGUGGGUGGCAGUGCCGCUCUCAUUUUCAGCGUGUGCGCAAUAUUUUUUAACCAAACAAGAGCACACAAAUAAGAGCUCUGGAGAUAUGAAAAGCUAAGAAAAGGAAAUAUGACGAAGCGUAUGCAGCAUUUAACUUUUGGCUUUGACUUUUAGUACAGUGGGAGAUGAGGAAAGACCGGUCUAUUUACUUUGUCUAAAAAUGUUCGCAGCGGACAGCUGAAUUUUUUUUUUUUUUUUAGCAAAAACGUGCCGAAUAUUGCCAACAAUCCUCCCGCUUUGUCAGUGUUACAUCAGUAAACCAGCGAGCACUGUCAUAUAAUCAUAUAAGGUGGCAUACCAAGUUGCUCAGUGCAAAAUAACUCCACAACAUAGGAAAGGAGCUGAUACUGCCAGCAGCAAAAAUAAACUGUCUCUCUGUCCAAUGACACUGUCGUUUUUGUUCUAUCAAUUGUUGUUUUUUCGGUCUAAUUGUUUGGCAUAUUGUCCUCGUAAGUUAAUGUCGCUAAUCAAUUUGAAUUUAUUAUUAUUUAUGGACUUUUUUAAAUUGUAUUUUUCAAAAAUCUUGAGUGUAUUUUAACAGUAUGGAUGAGUAUUUUUAUUUGUUUGUAAGUUGAUCUAUAUUACUUUUCUCUUUAAUAUUAAAAAGAACACAAUGUUAUGCAGAGGAGUAUUUUAUAUACAAAUGAUACUACAGUAUAUUUACAGUGGCGGCAGAGAUUUGGGGGGGGCGCGGAACGUUUAUGUCUUCCUGGGCGGGGGGCAUAACAGAAAAUAAUUGAGAAGCACUGAUUUAAGUAUAUCUUUUCAUGGGACAACACUGCCAGAACGACACUUUGACACAAUGAAAAGUAGUCUGUGUGCAUGUGCCGCUUAUAUAAUAGUUAAUUUGUUUUCCCCUCAAAAUAACUCAAAAUAUAGCCAUUAAU